UUCCUCCGACUCUACCCUUCCUCAGUCCAGUACGGUGGCCGGCGGGAGUCAGACGCUUGGGAUGAAUGAAGGCGCUGGGUGCAGGUUGCAAAGGAUCAACAGUGAUAAUGACUGAGUGUACAAGCCUUCAGUUUGUCAGCCCUUUUGCUUUUGAGGCAAUGCAGAAAGUGGAUGUUGUUCGCCUGGCAUCUUUAAGCGAUCCAGAAUUGAGACUUCUCCUGCCUUGUUUGGUGCGAAUGGCACUUUGUGCUCCUGCUGACCAGAGUCAAAGCUGGGCUCAGGAUAAAAAACUUAUCCUUCGUCUUCUCUCUGGUGUGGAAGCUGUCAACUCCAUUGUUGCAUUGUUGUCUGUGGACUUUCAUGCUUUAGAACAGGAUGCCAGCAAAGAACAGCAGCUUAGGCAUAAACUUGGAGGAGGCAGUGGAGAGAGCAUCCUGGUAUCACAGCUUCAGCAUGGACUGACAUUAGAGUUUGAACACAGUGAUUCACCUCGUCGAUUGCGUCUAGUGCUUAGUGAACUGUUGGCAAUUAUGAACAAGGUAUCUGAGUCCAAUGGAGAAUUUUUUUUCAAGUCUUCUGAGCUGUUUGAAAGUCCAGUCUAUUUGGAGGAAGCCGCAGAUGUACUUUGUAUUUUACAAGCAGAGCUCCCUUCCUUGCUCCCUAUAGUUGACGUAGCUGAAGCCUUGCUACAUGUUAGAAAUGGUGCCUGGUUCUUGUGUCUGUUGGUGGCCAAUGUUCCUGAUAGUUUUAAUGAAGUUUGUAGGGGCCUGAUUAAAAAUGGAGAAAGACAAGAUGAAGAAAGCCUUGGAGGAAGGCGCAGGACAGAUGCCUUACGCUUCUUGUGUAAAAUGAAUCCCUCUCAGGCCCUCAAGGUCCGAGGCAUGGUGGUGGAAGAGUGUCACUUGCCAGGCCUUGGUGUGGCUUUGACAUUGGAUCAUACUAAAAAUGAAGCUUGUGAAGAUGGAGUGAGCGACUUGGUUUGUUUUGUUAGUGGUUUGCUUCUUGGAACAAAUGCAAAAGUCCGGACUUGGUUUGGAACUUUUAUCCGAAAUGGACAGCAGAGAAAAAGAGAGACCAGCAGUUCUGUCCUUUGGCAGAUGAGAAGGCAGCUUCUUCUGGAAUUGAUGGGCAUUCUUCCCACAGUAAGAAGUACCCGAAUUGUGGAAGAAGCUGAUGUGGACGUGGAACCCAAUUUGUCUGUGUAUUCGGGGCUGAAAGAAGAGCAUGUUGUGAAAGCCAGUGCACUCUUACGUCUGUACUGUGCUUUGAUGGGGAUCGCUGGACUCAAACCAACUGAAGAAGAAGCUGAACAGUUACUACAGUUGAUGACAAGCCGUCCUCCUGCUACACCAGCUGGGGUUCGCUUUGUUUCACUUUCCUUUUGUAUGCUACUGGCCUUUUCUACACUUGUCAGUACACCUGAACAGGAGCAGCUAAUGGUGGUGUGGCUAAGUUGGAUGAUAAAAGAAGAAGCCUAUUUUGAGAGUACUUCAGGUGUCUCUGCUUCUUUUGGGGAGAUGCUAUUAUUGGUGGCUAUGUACUUUCACAGCAACCAACUUAGUGCUAUCAUUGACUUGGUCUGUUCCACUUUGGGGAUGAAGAUUGUAAUUAAGCCAAGCUCCUUGAGCAGGAUGAAGACCAUCUUCACACAGGAAAUUUUUACUGAGCAGGUUGUCACAGCUCAUGCAGUUCGAGUCCCUGUCACCAGCAACCUGAGUGCCAACAUUACUGGGUUUCUGCCUAUUCAUUGUAUUUACCAGCUUCUCAGGAGCCGUUCCUUUACCAAGCACAAAGUGUCAAUUAAAGACUGGAUUUAUAGACAGCUCUGUGAAACCUCCACUCCACUCCAUCCUCAACUACUUCCUUUGAUUGACGUGUACAUAAAUUCUAUACUCACUCCUGCAUCUAAAUCUAAUCCAGAGGCCACAAAUCAGCCAGUCACAGAACAGGAGAUACUCAAUAUUUUCCAAGGAGUCAUUGGGGGUGACAAUAUCCGCCUUAAUCAGCAUUUCAGUAUCACAGCACAGCUUUUGGUGCUCUACUAUAUACUGUCCUAUGAGGAAGCUCUCCUAGCAAACACGAAGACUUUAGCUGCCAUGCAAAGAAAGCCCAAAUCAUAUUCAUCUUCUUUAAUGGAUCAGAUUCCUAUCAAAUUCCUUAUUCGACAGGCUCAAGGGCUGCAACAGGAGUUGGGAGGAUUGCAUUCAGCUUUACUACGUCUCCUUGCAACUAACUACCCACAUUUGUGUAUUGUGGAUGACUGGAUCUGUGAGGAAGAAAUCACAGGGACUGAUGCCCUGUUAAGGCGAAUGCUCCUGACGAAUAAUGCCAAAAACCACUCUCCUAAACAACUCCAAGAAGCAUUUUCAGCUGUUCCAGUAAGUCACACACAAGUGAUGCAGAUUAUAGAACACUUGACUCUACUGUCAGCCAGUGAGCUGAUACCAUAUGCAGAUGUAUUAAUAUCCAAUAUGAGCCAGCUGUUGAAUUCAGGGGUUCCACGGAGAAUUCUUCAAACAGUCAAUAAACUAUGGAUGGUUCUUAAUACUGUGAUGCCUAGAAGGUUGUGGGUAAUGACGGUUAAUGCACUUCAACCUUCAAUAAAGUUUGUACGACAACAAAAGUAUACUCAGAAUGACCUGAUGAUAGAUCCUCUCAUUGUCUUAAGAUGUGAUCAAAGGGUUCACAGAUGCCCCCCGCUGAUGGAUAUUACUCUACACAUGUUGAAUGGUUAUCUUCUUGCAUCGAAAGCCUACCUUAGUGCUCAUCUAAAGGAAACAGCAGAGCAAGAUAGGCCUUCCCAGAAUAAUACAAUAGGUUUAGUUGGACAAACUGAUGCUCCAGAAGUUACCAGAGAAGAAUUGAAAAAUGCAUUGCUGGCUGCUCAGGAUAGUGCAGCUGUCCAGAUUCUCUUAGAGAUUUGCUUACCUACUGAAGAGGAGAAAGGAAACGGUAUCAAUCCAGACAGCUUGCUAAGAAAUGUUCAAAGUGUUAUUACCACCAGCACUCCAAAUAAGGGGAUGGAGGAAGGAGAAGACAAUUUGCUCUGUAACCUUCGAGAAGUUCAGUGCCUUAUCUGUUGUCUGUUGCACCAAAUGUACAUUGCAGAUCCCAACAUUGCUAAGCUUGUUCAUUUUCAGGGUUAUCCAUGUGAACUUUUGCCUCUGACAGUUGCAGGUAUUCCAUCUAUGCACAUCUGUCUGGAUUUCAUACCUGAGCUUAUUGCACAGCCAGAACUUGAAAAGCAGAUAUUUGCUAUCCAGUUGCUUUCUCAUUUAUGUAUCCAGUAUGCAUUACCAAAGUCACUUAGCGUGGCUCGUUUAGCUGUCAAUGUCAUGGGAACUUUGCUAACAGUUUUAACACAGGCUAAGCGGUAUGCUUUUUUCAUGCCAACUCUGCCAUGUUUGGUCUCUUUUUGUCGAGCAUUUCCUCCACUAUAUGAGGAUAUUAUGUCUUUGCUGAUCCAAAUAGGACAAGUUUGUGCGUCUGAUGUUGCCACUCAGACAAGAGACAUUGAUCCAAUUAUUACACGUCUUCAACAAAUAAAGGAGAAACCAAGUGGAUGGUCUCAAAUCUGUAAAGAUCUGUCUUAUAAAAAUGGAUCCAGCGACACUGGAAGUAUGGAUCCUGAUGUACAGCUCUGUCAUUGUAUUGAAAGCACAGUAGUUGAAAUAAUAAACAUGAGUGUUAGUGGAAUUUAAAAAAAUUUAAAACAAAAAAAUGAGGCUGUUUGCUGCAUAUACUCAACAUGCAUCUGCAUCUUGUAACAACUCUAAACUGAAAUGGGAACAGUAAUAUCUUGGAAUCAUUAAAACAAUUCAGUUCAAUAUGAAUACAGUGUAGAACUCUGAGGAUUAUGCUUGCUUGUAUUUGGCACACCUUUGGAUCUACUUUGCUGGUAUGUUUAUAUUGUAGCUGUCGAGAUUGUUUUCCAUUGAGAACACAUUUAAGAGACUCAUUACUGGAAAGGGAAUUUGGCCUUGUAUUUAGCUUUUGGAGUGAAGAAAGACUGCCAUGCCUUUCAUUUCUUAUACAGAUGAGUCUAUGGGUAGCCUUAGUAGUGUUUAUUUUAAUUGUGAGCUUGUAACAGAGUUCAAAAAAGAUGCAAUUAUAGGAGGGAGAAAAAGGUAUCAAGAGAAAGGAGAACUGAGGAAAAAUUAGGAGUUAAAUAUCUAAAUAGAAAUCUCAGACUCGCAGUAUAAGUCAUAAUAAUGCAAGGUGGAAUUCUAGUUCUCAAGAAACAAUAUUGAGAAGGCUUUAAAAAAGGCAGGUAGCUUUUAUAAUUGUUUUCCAUGGAAUACAGAUAAGGAUUUAAAGAUUUCACAUAUUUGCUUCAAUUUUUACUAAUAUAUGAAGCCAUAUGUUUAAAGAGAUACUUGAAUAAUUUGGAAUUUUAAGAUAAUGGUUUAAAAGUGUUUACAGAAACAUCUUUCUGCAAAGAAGAACCUGAAAGGAGGUCUCAUUUAGUUUUUUGUUUUAAAUUUAUUUUUAUAAUGCUUUAUUAACUUAUCUGAUGCUCAGAGGGGGGAAAUAGGUAUCAAAUUAAAUGAUGUUUAGAGCAAUAAAAUCCACUGGAUUAAAGAGCUCUUAGUUUGUCAUCAGGAUCAUAAUUCAUAUCUUAACUUUGAGAAGUUCUUUGAGUAAGAAAAUAUAUACAGUGUUUGAACCUCAGGAAAAAUUAAAAUAUGGAAAAUACUGUCUUGCUGAAGGAUUUCAGUCCUCUGUUAGUAACUUCCAUUGAUUAGGCAGAUGCAUUCAGGUAACCCAUAAUCCUUUUUUUAAAAUUAAGUAUCCAUGUAGAAGGUACUUCUCUUUAUCCUCUGAGAUAUACCUCAAUCACACACUUUUUCCCCCUACUCAAAAUAGACCUCUUCACUUGUAAAAGAAGUUAGAUAGGCUAAAAAGUGUGGUUUUUAAGAAAUUUAACUUCAGCCUUUUCACUAGCAAAUAGUCACAUCUCAUUUUCCUUCUCUGUAAAAUGGGGUUACUACUGGCCCUACCUCAUAAAGGUAUUCUGUAAGAACUAGUUUGUAGCUGUUUCAAAUCAUGAAGUGCAUAGUAUCAUAUGUGAUAGAAUAUUUAUAACUUUUUAUUAGAUGCUUAAUGUUCAAUUAAGUAAUUUUGAUGUGAAAAAUAAAAGCAUAUGCUUAAAAAAUAACAUAAGAAUUUCAUAUUUUUAAACAAGGCAGUUUUGUAAGUCUCUUAAGAUUAAAUACAAAUCCAGUUUUGUUCUGUUUCUUUUAACUGAGGCCUUGGAAUAUUUUGUGUGAAUAGGGAUCCUCUAAGGGUUCAGGAAAAGUUGAAGAAUGUUUUCUAGCUAAAUGCAGUGCACAUUCCUGGAUUGAUUUUCAAAGACUGGUCAGAACCUGAUGUGUUAAAAUAUAACAUAUGCUGUUUUUCAUCAGAUUUGUUGAUAAUGUAAAUAAAAUGUGUAAAUAUAUUAGUAAAUGUUAAUAUUCAUGUAUUUUAAGUUAAGGUUAUAAAAUUUGUCACAAUGUGAUUUUUUUUAUUCAAGUGAAAACAGAUGUGUGCAGCUAUUUUGAAUAUUUGUUUAUAAACAUUCAUAUUCUUUAUCAAA